UCCAUUGUAACUAGGGCUCUCCCUCCCUCUCUCUCUCUCUCUCUCUCGUAGCAGAGAUGGCUAGCGAUUCCAAUAUGGGUAGCUGGACAGAUCUCCUCCAUUCAUCUACGAAGCUUCUAGAACAAGCGGCUCCUUCCGCUCAGUUCCCUUCUCUCCAGAGGAACUUAGAUCAGUUAGAGGUGCUGUCGAAGAAGCUUAAGGCGAAAACCCUAAGAACCGAAGCGCCUUCUCAAUCUAUCUCAGCCACGAGGCUAUUGGCGCGCGAAGGAAUAAAUGCAGAACAGCUUGCUAGAGACCUCAAGUCUUUCGAAUUAAAGACGACAUUUGAGGAUGUCUUUCCUGCCGAGGCAACAACUGUUGAGGAGUAUUUGCAGCAGGUUCAUGAAAUGGCAAUGGUCUCAGCUGUCCAGGAAGCACAGAAAGAUAAUAUAAGAAGCUUUGAUGAUUACAUGAUGAAAGUUUUGCAGGAGGACUGGCAAAAGGAGAAGCGGGACUUUUUGCAAAGUCUAAGCCGGCUUUCAUCAUUACCCAGGACCAACAGCAGUUCUUUAAUCACUGGAGUGUCUCGUCUCGGUCAGAUGUCACCGCUGCCUGCUGUUUCUCAGGUUUCUGCUGGUCCAUCUGGUAUGGAGCUUAUGCCUCUAGCUAACAAGUCCAUCCUCGACAAAAAGGCAUCAGUGUAUGUUGAGGUGGUGAGGAGUCUCAAUGAUGCAAGAGAGCGUGGCUUAGCUUUUAAACCUGCUACAGCUUUCAGGAGUGCUUAUGAAAGUAUGGGCCUUGAGGCAUCUGGUGCGAAAUCAGUAAGCAUGCAGAAGAUAUGGCACCUAAUUCAGACAUUAGUUGGCGAGGAUGCAUCUAUUCAGCAUAACGUGUCGAGAAAAAUGUCAAUGGUUAUAGGGGCAAGACGCCACCUGGAAUGGGGGCAUGAGAAGUACAUGCUAGAGACAAUCCAAAGUCACCCUUCACAGGCUGCUCUUGGUGGGGUUGUGGGAAACCUACAACGAGUUAGAGCAUUUCUUCGGAUACGCUUAAGGGAUUAUGGAGUGCUAGAUUUUGAUGCAGGCGAUGCCCGUAGGCAACCUCCAGUUGAUACAACUUGGCAACAGAUCUAUUUUUGCCUGAGAACUGGCUAUUACGAUGAAGCAAGAAAUGUUGCCCAAUCAUCUCGUGUCGCACACCAAUUCGCCCCUCAGCUUGCAGAGUGGAUUAUGACUGGAGGCAUGGUAUCACUAGAGACUGCAGCUGCGGCUGCGGAAGAAUGUGAAAAAAUGUCAAGGAUGGGUGAUCGAGCAGGUCGAACUGGGUAUGACAAGAAGAAGUUGCUACUUUAUGCCAUGAUAUCUGGUUGUCGCCGUCAGAUAGACCGGUUGCUUAGAGAUUUGCCAACGCUUUUCACUACUAUAGAGGAUUUCUUAUGGUUCAAAUUGUCAGCAGUGCGGGACUGUCCUGCUGGAUCCUCUUCUGUCAUCCUGAAUGAGGGAUUGGUGCCGUACACUUUAGAUGAUCUUCAGGUUUACUUGAACAAGUUUGAGCCAUCAUACUAUACAAAAAAUGGAAAAGACCCUUUGGUCUACCCUUAUGUGUUACUUUUGAGCAUUCAACUAUUGCCAGCAGUCCUACAUUUGUCCAAGGAAACAGCAGAUGAAGGAUACAAUAUCGAUGCCGUACAUAUUGCAGUCGUGUUAGCAGACCAUGGAGUCCUCUCUGAAGGCAGUGGGGCUGGACAGAAGCUAGGGGCAAUGGAUGCUUUUGCUGAAGCCACUAGUAUGAUUCGGCAGUAUGGUUCAAUGUACUUGCGUCUAGGUAAUCUUUCUCCGGCACUGGAAUAUUUUGCCCAAGCUGCUGCUGCAAUGGGCGGUGGGCAGUUGUCAUGGAUUGGUAGAGGGAGCAUCGAUCAACAAAGACAGAGAAGCUUGAUGUUGAAACAACUCCUCACUGAGAUUUUGUUAAGGGAUGGUGGUAUUUCCCUUUUGCUUGGUUCAAGAGGUGCUGGAGAAGAAGGUGCACUGAGAAGAUUCUUCACUGACAGGACAACACAGCAGCAAUUUUUGCUUGAAGCUGCUCGCCAGUGUCAGGAAGCUGGGUUCUAUGACAAAUCUGUAGAAAUCCAAAAGAGAGUGGGAGCUUUUGCGAUGGCUCUGGAGACAAUUAACAAGUGCCUCUCAGAAGCUAUUUGUGCUCUAUUACGUGGUAGAUUGGAUGGUGACAGCCGGACUGCUGGAUUCGUUCAUUCUGGGAAUGCGAUAUUGGAGACAUACAAAUAUACAGCUGAAGCCAGCCUUCAAGAAAGGGAACAUAUUUCUGAACAAGAAACAGUAUUAAGACAACUUGAGGCAAUAUUGUUUGUCCACAAGUUAGCUAGAACAGGCCAUUAUGCAGAUGCUCUGAGGGAGAUUACCAAGCUCUCAUUCCUUCCAUUAGAUCCACGAGCACCCGAUGUCACCAGUGACGUUUUCCAGAGUUUAUCUCCUCAUGUCCAAGCAUGCGUUCCGGAUCUUCUUAAGGUUGCUGUUAGUUGUUUGGACAAUGUGACGGAUUCUGAUGGCACACUACGUGCCCUGAGAACUAAGAUUGCAAACUUUGUGGCGAACAACAUGACCAGGAAUUGGCCUCAUGACUUGUAUGCAAAGGUUGCCCGAAGCAUAUGAAGCAGUCAUUUUCAGGUUGAAAUGCACAUAUCAAACAGCUCAUGCAUGGAGGUACAUGUAUCUUACCCGUUCACCUCGUUUCUGUCAGUUUAACAUGUAUGGGUGCACCUGAAAGCAUGUGAUGUACCUUUUUUUUUUUCUGAUGAUCAUGGAAGGUAAGUAGAUUUUCCUAAUGUUUUCCAAGAACGUCUAAAAUACAAGAGUUUUUUU